UUAGAAUAAUUUGCUUGGUACCUAGUUAUGACUUUAUAUUCCAAAACAAUGAUUGCUGUUUACCUGCUAAUUAUAAAGUUGUUCUCAAGUGGAUAUUUUUUAAACCCCAAUUUACAAUGUAAAAAUGUUACAGUGCGUAACAUUCAUCACAUGUGUACAAGCCUGGCAUGUUUUGAAGAACUACCAGCAUUAGAAUAUUUCUGCACAAACGUUUACGAGAACAUAUUUAAAUGUUCGUCAAAAAAUAUUCCGAUCGAGUAUAUUUGUGAUGGAAUACAGCAAUGCCGUAAUGGUGUUGAUGAGGACCCAACUGUUUGCAAGAACUUCGAAUGUAGAAGUAAUUACUAUAAAUGCAUCGAUGGCAAAUGUAUUGCUCCAUGGAAACUUUGCGACGGUGUCUACGAUUGUCUGAAUGGUUUAGAUGAAUCUGCACUUAUUUGUAGGAUGCUGCUACUUCACCUUUAUUACAUUUUAGUUCAAAAGAACAAUAGCUGUCCUAAUAUAUUUGAUAACAGUUAUAUAACAACGUGUUACAUCAAAUAUGGUACAAAAAUCAGUAUAAUGCCCUGUAAUGAAUACUUACCGGUAGGAACAACUGUUGAGGUUAGAUGUAAUACGUUUUACUUAAGUUCUGAUAAUAAGUCUAAACAGAAAUUGGUUUGUCGUGACAAUGGAACAUGGAGCCAAACAGUUUUGAAGUGUAAAGCAGAAUGUGGUGUUAUACCUGAUUUGAAUAUUUUUCCUUCGAUUUUACAUGGUUGGCCGAUUAAGCCUAAUCUUUGGCCAUGGUAUGCCGGAUUGUUUGAAAAUGGCAGUAAGAAGUGGAAUUAUUUUUGUGGUUCAACCAUAAUUUCUACAAAUAUUGUUGUUACUGCUGCACAUUGUGUUUGGGAAAUCCCAAAAAAUCAUAUUCAAGUAAUAGCUGGAAAAUACAAGAGUGAUUAUUAUAUUAACGAGGAGGGGACCCAAAUCAAAGUCAUUCUUCAUAUAUUCAUACAUCCGUUAUAUCAAGAUGUAAUAGGGAAUUAUGCUACAGAUUUAGCCGUUCUAGUUUUGGUAGAUCAUUUUCAAUUAUCAAAUACCGUAAUACCGAUUUGCCUUAACUGGUCUCUCAGGAACAUUGUGAGCAACUUGACACAGGAUUUGGAAGGUAUGGUUAUAGGUAUGGGGUUAACAGAGAAUGGAAAGCCCUCUGAACAAUUAAGAGCUGUCAAAAUGCCUAUAGUGAACAACGAUGAAUGUUUAAUUAAUCAAAGAGUUGAAUUCAAAAAGUUUAUUUCCAUUACAACAUUUUGUGCAGGAAGUAAAAAUGGUAGCACUGUAUGUAAUGGGGAUAGUGGAAGUGGAUUAGCGAUUCAAGAUCCCCAAACACAAAAAUGGUAUUUAGAAGGAAUUGUCAGUAUUAGUCCGAAAGAUCACAACAAUGAUCUAUGUGAUGUUCACUAUUAUUCAAUUUUUACAAACGUUGGAAUGUACGUAGAUUGGAUUUAUCAAAUAUCAUCAGCCUUUACUGAAUAUUAAUACCGUAUGAUCGAAAAAAAAACGGCGCCCAGUUGGCUUUGAAGUGACGAUCGAUGAUAUUCCCUAUACAAUUUUACAUAUAAAAUGACAGCGAUCUUCAUUUCAUAGCACCGCUGACGCCGUUUUUUUUUUCGAUAAUGUUGUAUAGGGUAUUAAUUUAGGACCCACAUUAUAGUUGUUUUUAUACUAUAAUAAGUUUAUUAAUUAAAGCAGUCAUUAAGCACUCCACUCAAUUACUUAACAACAAUGUUUUUUAAUCUUUAUUUUAUUUUUUUUUGUAUUAUAUUUAUUUGUUACUGUAAU